UAGAAAUCAUAUAUGAGUACCUCUUUUUUCGUGAAUGGAAAAUAAGUUACGUUAAAAGCGAAUAGUACAUUUGAAGACAUUUUUGAUGACCAUGUUAAAGUGGGCAAGUUUAUAGAUAAAGUAUGGAAAAUAAAUGGUCAAGUUAAACAGAUUUUAAAAAGCACAAAGAUAAAUCAACAUCUUUAAGGAGGGGAACAAGUUGAAUGCUUGGUAUUGAUAUAUUCAAAUAGUUUAGGACAAAAAUUAAGCUAAUAAUCCAACCAAUUUUCAACCUAUCAAUCAACCUAAUUUUCCUGGUCAAUCUGGUGUAAUAGGAUUCACUCCCCAAUAACAACCACCCUCCCCGUUUGUUCCUUAAUAACAACCAUAAAGUCCAUUUAUGGCAUAGCCAUCCAAAAUAAAUUAAUAACCUCCAAUUCCAUCUAAUCCACCCCCUCAAAUUUAAUAAAAGCCAUUAAAUCUUUAAGAUGCAUUGAAAGAUUAAGCAAAUAAAAUGUUAGUGAAUAAGGUAGCCAUCAAAAGAUAACAAAUUGAUGAUACAUCUGGUCCAAGAGAGUCACCGUAUUUAUUAUCAUAUAUAUAAAAGUCUUAAAACUAUAAAAGGAUAUAAAGUGUAAAUUAAAGAAUUUGGAAAGAUUGUCACAUUAGAAUCAGAGGAUGGAUCAUUCAAAGCUACAUUUUUAGAAGAAAAUGCUUCAGAAGUAUUCCUUUUCUUUCAUUCAUUAGACCGAAUAAGAUAAUAUUGUUUUAUCCUUUAAUGAUAUUAUUUAAUCACCAGAAACCUAACUCAAAUUAGCUAUGGGAAGAAAUCCAUCAUAAUCAACCAAAGUUCUAUUCCUAACAGGCUUUAAAGGAAUCGCUAUCAAAUGGGUUACUGGACUCUAAACUAAAUUUUAAUUUUGGCUUGAUGAAUGAACCAACCAAUUUAUUAUUACAAUUAUCAUAACAUUAUAGAG